UCUCAGACGGACACUCGCAUUCGUUAAAGAAGGUAGUUGGGGGAAAGGUACCCAAGAUCGAACCUGUUCAAUAUUGGUUCUAUUUGGAGAAGUUUAUACAGUAAAGGAGUAACUAUGUUGGACGGCACAGACCACCGUGAGGCUACGGCUACAUUCACCUUCAUCACCCGCCUGCAGGCCCUACCCGCUGUGCAGGACGCCCUCGCCAUGGCCACUCGCCUCUACCACACCACCAAGGACUACAAGUGCGUGGGUGUGGUCGUUGGUGUGGCUGAGGGCGGGGUGCGAGCGGCAGCUGCAGUGUUGCCCCUGGCCACUCCCUUAACCAAGCCCAUCCUGCAGCGUGUUGGCGGGUGGGAGGCCGUGGACGAGUGGGCAUGUCGUGGGUUGAACACUGUGGAGGAAUGGGUGCCUGUACUGAGGAAGUCUCCCAGAGAGGUAACAGAACAGGUGGUGACCAGCACGAAGGAGAAGGUGUUGAGUGUGGUGGCAGGUACUGAUACCGUCCCCCCGCCUACCCUAACAGCUGCCCUCACUGCCAGAAUCUCGCACACCGUAUCCGUGGUGAGCGAGACUCGAGGAGGUCGUACUGUUGUCUGGGUGACUGAAGAGGUGCUGGCCAAGGCCCAUACCCUCGUUGACCACUACAUGGCCCCUAACGCUUGUGACCUCCACGACUCUGAUGGUCGUGAGGGCGGGGUGGUGGUGAAGGCCUCAACUCUAGGCCAGAAGACCAUACGUCGCCUCUACCGCAUCACCCACGACUUUGUUCAUCCCAACAGUGAAGACUGUAACGACACCAGCGCCACACACCUGGUGGCCCGUGCUGGCGAGUCGGCUCGGGAGUGGUACGCUACAACAACACAAGACCAACGCCUGCAGGUAGAGGGUAUGUCAAUGGUGCAGAUCAGCGUCCGUCUGGCAGUACGCACCACACAUCACCUGGUACUCUCGGUGCGCUUCUUCCUGGACCUUUCCCCUUCACAAGUUACAAAUAUGGUGUUGAACUAUAGCGCGGGCGUGGCGGAGAGGACCACAAUGUUGAUGAACUUGUUGAUGCAACAGUUGAAGGUUUUCUUCAUUAUACUGGAGCUGUAUGCCCUCAGGUUCAGGCUAAAAAGUAUUCAGUUAAAAGAUCUUUGAUAGCUGCGAAAGUAGAAAUAUUGAAUAGUUUCGGGGGUAUCAGUAAUGGCUCCCCUAAAAUGUAAAUCCCUUUAAUAUUUUAAGUUUUGUAUUAUGGUAAAAAUCAUUUUGAAACUCCAAUGCAUCAAAAUAUUGCAAUAUAACGCUCUUGUGCGACCGUAUUAAGGUUUGUAGUAAAGUGGAAAUGACACAAAUCACACCAUUACCCUCAAGAAGCUCAUGGUAAAAUUAAGAUUAUAUGGCAAGAGGCAAACCUGACUUAACGUAUAUAAAUAGAUGCACGUCCUCAGCUAGUUGAUGAUUUCACCUUCGUAAACCGUAUUUACCCUGCCAUUGAUAGCGGUGUGAUGACGUAAGGCUCAUCAUUUUCGUUGUCAGUAUCGCCAGUUCUGUAAAGAGGUGCAUAUCACUCACCUUAUGUGCAGUAUCCACCCUUUAAAGUAUUCCCCUAUACAAAGGUGUUCUCUUUUCUGGUAUAGAUGUGCUUCGAAGUGUGUUUGAGGGUCGUCCUGGUGCAUUGGGAACCGCCCAUGCCACCCACCCACGGAGAACGGCUGCUGAAAGUCUAAAGGAAUGAUCUUCAUACGCACUCCUCGUUGGUCCAUCACCAUAUUUGCGGUUUUGCAUUAUUCACUUUUUAUGGGUCUUGGUAUGUGAAUUAUCUAAGUAGAUGGGUUAAUUAUGAAACGUUAGAUUUGGUUGAAUUCACUAUAUAUUUUUGGUAGCCUCUAGAAGUGGUGGUGGACUUUAUCCAUCCACCCUGUGUAAUGGACAGCAGGUGAUCAGUUAAAUCGUGUUCAACUGUUUUCUGUGCUUUGUGAUUAUAUAAAUUGUCUAAUUGGUUAUAUUAUUGGAUGCCGUGUUUUGAAUAAUGAGAACUGUUGAAUGUUUCUACCUUAAAAUUUUGGAGCUUUAAAAGAAAUUUCACUAUUAUAGUAGACGAAUUCGCAAAUUUUUAACCAGUAUAAAUGGCAGUGAACAGGAUUAAUGACCCCACGUAUACAGCAUGUGCAAUUCAUUGGGAAAAAAAUCCACUAUCUUAGAAUUAGAUAUGCCAGUCAUACCUCCAACCAUGAAAUUGUCCGAAGUCGUGUCACUUUAAGUAUACGACACAAGUACUGUAUCAUGAAUUUUGCAAAGGACAAUACCAGACUGUGAUUCAUCAUUGCUGUCUGCAGAACUUGCAUCCAGACGCGCUUUUCUAGAAGAGACCUGGUGUAGCUAUCAUGUUUGUAUGAAUUAUAGUAUAUUUCUUGUUCAAGGCUUUAAUAGUAAACCUCGCCUGAGGUAGCAAGUGGUUUUUGAUUUAGUGUAGUGUUUAUUACUGAAUAUGUAUGCAAAAUCGUUGACAAAUGUUACUUUACUAAUCUUUAAAUAAACUUCUUUAAAAA